AUGCCACUCACACUCGAUAUCAAGAGAAAAUUUGCUCAACGAUCAGAUAGAGUCAAAUCUGUGGAUCUGCAUCCUACAGAGCCAUGGAUUCUAACAAGUUUGUAUGCUGGAACCGUGACUAUUUGGAACUACCAGACACAGUUUGUUACUGUUACUGAGUUUUAUAUAUAUGGCGUUGCAGUUAGGUCGGCAAAGUUUAUUCCACGCAAGCAAUGGGUUGUGGCAGGAGCGGAUGAUUUACACAUCCGUGUAUACAAUUACAAUACAAUGGACAAGGUGAAAGUUUUCGAGGCUCAUGCGGAUUACAUUAGGUGUGUAGCUGUCCAUCCCACCCUUCCGUAUGUGCUGUCAUCUUCUGAUGAUAUGCUCAUAAAGCUUUGGGACUGGGAAAAUGGUUGGGCUUGUACUCAGAUCUUUGAGGGACAUUCGCAUUAUGUGAUGCAAGUGGUAUUUAACCCAAAAGACACCAACACUUUUGCCAGUGCAUCGCUUGACCGUUCCAUAAAGAUAUGGAAUCUUGGUUCUCCAGACCCAAACUUUACCCUUGAUGCUCACCAGAAAGGAGUCAACUGCGUAGAUUACUUCACAGGGGGUGAUAAGCCCUAUUUAAUCACUGGCUCUGAUGAUCAUACUGCUAAGGUAUGGGACUAUCAAACCAAAACUUGUGUCCAGACGCUAGAAGGGCAUACCCACAAUGUAUCUGCAGUAUGUUUCCAUCCGGAGCUUCCAAUAAUACUCACAGCUUCUGAGGAUGGCACUGUCCGCAUUUGGCACGCCACCACUUACAGGCUAGAGAACACACUGAAUUAUGCUCUCGAUAGAGUUUGGGCCAUUGGUUACAUAAAAAGUUCGCGCCGGGUUGUGAUUGGAUAUGAUGAAGGAACCAUCAUGGUUAAACUUGGACGAGAAAUUCCUGUCGCUAGCAUGGACAGUAGCGGAAAAAUUAUAUGGGCUAAGCAUAAUGAAAUCCAAACCGCAAACAUCAAAAGUCUCGGUGUAGGUUAUGAGGUUACUGACGGAGAAAGACUUCCCUUGGCUGUUAAAGACCUGGGGACAUGUGAUCUUUAUCCACAAAGCUUGAAGCACAAUCCUAACGGGAGGUUUGUCGUAGUCUGCGGUGAUGGAGAGUACAUAAUCUACACAGCUUUGGCUUGGAGAAAUAGAUCUUUCGGUUCUGGACUAGAAUUUGUUUGGUCAUCGGAUGGGGAAUGUGCAGUUCGAGAAAGCCCAUCAAAGAUAAAAAUAUUCAGUAAAAAUUUCCAGGAAAGGAAGAGUAUUCGGCCUACUUUCUCAGCUGAGAAGAUUUUCGGAGGAACCCU